AUGGAGAACCCAGUGGAAGAUAUCCCGACGGUCAUCCGUCUUCUAACCCAAUCAACCCCCUCUCUACAAGAGAAAGCCCUCGAAAAAUACUUUACUCGCGAUGCUUCAUUCGUGCAUCCCUUUUGCCGUGUUCCAAGCUUCGAGGGGAGUAGGUGGUGGGUGUUGAAGAUCUUCCAAUGGUACAAGAUCAUGUCCCCUCGAAUUGAGAUGGAGAUUCAUUCAAUCGCUUUCGAUGAGAAUAACCUCAAGCUCUACAUUCACAUGUCUCAAAUCUUCACCAUCUGGAUCGUUCCAUUUCAUGUUGCACCCGUGACAUUGACAACUGUCUUGGAUCUCACGACGGACGCCUCGAAGACCAAUGCCCCGACCAAUGGCGAUCGUACAUUGUACUACAUCGCCAAACAGGAAGAUCUCUACCAGACUUCGGAGUUUGUCAAAUUCGUGAUACCGCAUAUUGGCAAUUGGAUAGUCAUUAUCUGGCACCUGAUUGCAACCUUCUUUUGCCUACUGGGUGUGACAAUUUUGUGGCCGAUGCUCUGGUUGGAAGAGAAGGGUUACUUGCCCAGUCGGAUUGCCCAUGGAGGAAACCUGGCCUAUAGUAUCCAGAACAAGAUUCCGGAUAUCAAAAACCAAUAA